UUGAAACCAGUGAGUUCAACUUGACUCACUGUACACUCUUGCUCCUUAGAGGUCAGAGAUAGAAACAUAACCAAUGGCUCUCUUCCUGACCUUUCAGACAGUAUUUCUGUUGGCACUGAUACAUCUUAGCACAUGCAGAAGUGAAGGAUUAUCUGAGUAUUUACAAUAUCCUCCUGAAUCUGUUAAUGUUUCUAUCCAUUCUAAUAAGCAGUGCUUGCAUAUAGAAUGGACUGUUCCCCUACCUGCUUAUAUAUUGAAUUUAAAAAUGAUUUUCCAAAUAGACAUCAGAAGAUCUGCAAACUCCAACCCUGUUGAGAACAAAAAUUAUACCACAACUUUGAAGCCUAAUGAAACCCUGCAGUGGUGUUGGCAUUCAGCGCUCCCUUUACAAUGUAUUUCUCAUUCUGUAAGAAUCAGAAGUAUGGUAGAUGAUGAAAGAUUCCCAGAGUCUAGGAUUUGGAGUCCCUGGAGCAAAUGGGAAGAAUCACGGGGACAGGACUCCUCAGGCCAACUUCUCAUUUUCCCUUAUGAUACUAUAUAUGCUGAAGAAGAUGCCAAUGUCACCUUUUGCUGCAUUUCCAAGAUGGAUAAUGACAAUAUGACAUUUUAUUUUGGAGACAAAAGGAUGCAAGAAAUAAAACUAAGCCCCCGUGUGACAAUGUUUGAAGUGAAUAAUAUUCCUAUUAGUAGGCCAACGGGAUUCAAUGCUAUUUGUUUGCUGAACUCUUCCUAUGAAUUUGUGGGUACUGUCCUAUACGUAGGAGGAGUCCUUGAAGAGCCCAAGAAUUUUUUUUGUGAAACUCGGGACUUACGGACUUUGAACUGUACUUGGGAUCCAGGAAGAGACACAUUAUUGCCACAACAUCUUCCAACCAAUUACUCUUUAUUUGAAUGGUAUUCCAAGAAAAAAGUUGUUUGUGAUCACAGAAACUGGUGUAUUUGGCAACUAGCCCCAGAAGUGCAAGAUAUGUAUAACUUCACACUGAUGGCUGAAAAUAAACUAAGAAAGAGAAGAACAAGCAUUUUUUUUAAUGUGACCCAACAAGUUCAUCCAAAGCAUGCUCGUGAAAUAUCUGUUGAAAAUGUAAAUGCCACAGAGGCAACAUUGACAUGGCAAAUGAUUCCUGACCAAAAAAAGCUCAGUUUUUUGUGUCAAAUUGAAGUCUAUCAUGAUGGAAAAGUAGUACAGUACAAUACUUCCAACUCUGAAUUCACUUUGAGAGAAUUACAACCUUACACGGGAUAUUCAACUAGAGUACGCUGCUGCACGGCCAACCACUUUUGGAAAUGGAGUGAAUGGAGCAGCAAAAACUUCACCACCAAGGAAGCUGCUCCGACAGGGUCUCUCGACAUCUGGAGAACUGUGCAGCCAGUUUCAGGAGGAUAUAAUGUGAAACUAUUCUGGAAGCCGCUACCAACAUUUCAAGCUAACGGAAAAAUCUUAAAUUAUAGCAUAGUUAUGGAAGCACUGGGGGACGUGCCUAAGGUGGACAUCUCAUUUUCUGAAUCACCAGGCACAGAAAAAACGAUUGACCAACAACCUUAUGAGAUCAGCAUUAAAGCCAUCAAUAGUGCUGGGUCUUCUACCCCUUCAGUCAUUGUGGUGUCUGGAGAUACUGAAAACAGAAACAUAGAAGAAGAUAGAGUUAAUGGCACAGGGGAUGGAAUAUAUCUAUCCUGGAAACCUGACCCAAGAGAAAUUGAAGGCUAUGUUGUGGAUUGGUGUAACCAUCCCCAGGAUGCAAUCUGUGACUUCCAGUGGAAGAAAUUCAGCCCCAAUACCACCAGUGCAAUCAUCAAAUCUGCCAAUUUACUGAUGACUAUAAUAAUUCUAUUGGCCUUCUUUUCUCUGCUGCUCAUCAUUGGGUUCAACAUGAAAAUUCAUUGGGUGAAGGAGAAGUGCUUCCCUGAUAUUCCAGACCCUUAUAAGAGCAGUGUCCUGUCACUGAUGAAAUUCAAGGGCAAUAUUCAUCAGGCCAUACUGAAUACCAAUGACUGUAUUCCAGAUGCCAUUGAAGUCAUAAACAGGUCAGAAAUAAGUAAAACACAGGGAUCAAGUACAUUACUUGUAGGGAAUGAGACCACCAAGCCUGCCUAUCUUUACCUCCUUCCAACGGGAAAAGAUCCUUUGGACCCUCAAUCCUGCAUCUGUUUUGAGAACUUCACCUACUGUCAAGCAGCAUCUGACUUGGGUUCUUGUAGUCCUAUUCAGAUGAUACCCACAGACCCAAUAAGGUCUGUGGAGCCCCCUGAGCAUUUACCAAAGGUAGAAAAGGAUUACAUGGGAUCACUGGGCAAUAUCCCUGCCGAAGAUGCCGAUUUGAAUUAUGUAGCCCAGCUGGCCCCAACCAUGUCUGGAGACAAAGGCUGUUCUUCACUUAAUCUUCCUGAGGCAACACACUGCUCAGAGUAUAAAAUGCAAAUGGUGAUCUCUACAGACUCGGCUCUAUCCCUUCCCCUAGAAGGUGACAGACCCAUCUCAGUUGCUUCUUUAGAUUGA